AGUCUCUCGACCAUUGGAAAGAUACAAAGAACAAAGACUAGAAGGAACAUGUCUCAAUUAUGGUCAAUCGAUUCCAGAACACAAACGUCACUGCCGGGCUCGUGCUCGCAACUACUACUUUAUUCCUGUCGUCACCACCUCCUGUGCCGCAUUUGAUGGCUUAUAACUCUCCAAUCAUUCUGCUGUGCUUGUUAUCUAUGAAACUAGUACCGCUCACAAAGACAUGGAAACCCUCAAGCACAUGCCACGAUACCAAGUCAUCGCGCUGCUGCUAUGGCUAGCAUACCCCUCAAUCUGUCUGUCAGUGCCACUUGCUUUUUGUUUGUGGCUAUCUUUAUCGCCUGCUUCAGGGUCCGACAAUGCCAUCGUCAAUAUCAUAACUAUCUUGGCUUGUGUGGCCUUCCUUUCAAACGGAGCCCUUACUGCUCUACGUUUUCGCCAUUGUAGGCAGAAAGAGAUUCUUUCACGCAAUAUCAAUAAUAUCAUAGAUUCCAUCCCAUCGACUCGCCGACGCACCCGUCUUCAAACUACAGCAUAUCUUCUUGGUGCCCGUAAAGAACUGCCCGAAGUCACUGGCGAAGAGGUCAACCGCAUCCGCGCCGUUCAGUUGUGCUAUUUGUCAGAAGCUCAGGCUAGCUAUACAGAAGAAAGACCCGAGCAGCCUCAAGCUUUCGAGAAAGUCGAGUUUCGCAUUCCUUUGAAUACCAUGGACAAGGACAAAUCUACAACGUAUGUAGACAACUUCUAUGCCGAGUCAGACCAUCCACUAGAUAUACUCGACUCCACGAGGGCCGCAAUGAAUCUUUCGAAGAAGUACGAGCACUUGGGUUGGCGUCUGUCUACAGCCCGCUGCAUGGACCCACCACAUCGCCUUUUGACUUCCCAGGACAUCGCUAGCGCUUUCAAGGCUGUGAGGGCGGAGCAGGUGUCUGGACGGAAAAAGAAGAAGGUUGUGAUUGAAAUCGUCAACACUAUGUCGGUACCAAAAGGAAAACAAAUCAAAUCACAGGCAGGUAUUGUGUCCGAUCCAUCCCUUCUAUACGUGAAGGAACUCGAGAAUGUGAAGAGAAGAUUAUGUUGCGCUGAGCAUCAGCUCGGAGGUUCAGAGAACACAUUUUGUUGGGUAGAUGUGUCGCAGCCAGACGCUCCACACUAUCCGAUAUGUACCCAAGACCUCCAGGAGUGGGCUAAACAUCUGGUAUGUGCAUGUUUAUAUGCCUCUAAGCCUACUAUUCAUUCAUCUGAAUCAUUUAGUACGACACUCGAGAUCCGGAUAGCACCUGUGCUACUCUACCCAACACGCCUUAUUUCGAUGACAUUCGCAAGACACGUCAGGCAAGAACUGCGUCACCGCUUCAACUGUAUCCCAACCGAGCUCAUAUCACCCAUUAUCCAUAAUCAUGUUCACCUCUCAUCUGCCAUCGACAACACGUGGGCUUCUAAUGAUGCGCAUUCUGUACAGCAACUUGAAAGUCAGGGCCCUAUGGCCGCUCCGCAACCACUUAAAAGGACAUUUGCACUCUACAUGGAGAGUGAUGAAGAAAGUGACGAUGAAGAACCGCCGAAAGACAUUGACGACGUCAUCACAACCAUCCAUUCUCGCUACCCUGCUAUGGACUUCCCUCGGUAUGGAGAUAUGCUGAAGGAGCGCGGCAUAUUGUAUCUGCCGACUGCAGCGCAUUUUGGUAGCCGAUUUUAUGUGGAGAAGGUUGGUAUGUCGGAGGGUGCUGCGGUCACAUUUCAUACUCGUGUUUGUGAAGCUCACAUGAAGGAGGAACGUGCGAGAGCACGGAGGAAGGCUAAAGGCAAACAGAAGGCACGAGCUGAUGACACUGAUAAGGAAAAUAUCCAAGCUCUCGAAUAG